CCAUUUGCAUUUGCUGCCUUUGCAUGCCAUGGUGGAAGUCGCUGCUGCUGUUUUCGACGCGGCGCUGAUUGUCGUGGCCUUGGCGGUGCUCGCAGGCUCGACGUUGCACUUUACACGCCAUCAUCGCACUCGAACUCACCCUGGACCGGUCCUGAUCUUCAUCCUGUUUUCGUCCUGCAUGUGCAUUCUCGUUCGAUCCAUCAUGCACCUGGCAGCGCUAAACAUUGGCUUAUCCAUGGACGCUUGGGUCACUGGUCCACUAGACAGUGACGCGCCACCGCCUCCACUGACGUUGGUCGACAUUGCCCACGCCGCGUUGUUCCAUGCGUCGCCACUUCCGGGCAGUGUUUCGAUUCCGUUUUGGGCGAUGUUGUACUUCUCGUCCGCAUCCACGUUUUGGUACCUCAUGCUAGCCAUGGAUUUGAUCUCGUCGCUGUCGAACCCGUUCUUGCCCUUCCAAGCCAACAACUUCCUGCAUCAUGCUGUGGCGUGGCCAGCGGCGGGGGCGUGGGUUGGGGCGUUCUACCUCCUCUUUCGCUCCAAGUUGGAACCGACGAGCAGCCUCCGCAUUUGGAUGGUCCUGCCCAUGUAUGUUGUCUUGGCGUACAUUGCGAUUGCCCUGUUUGUCACGUGGAAAAAAUCGCGCGUACUGGAGACCCAAGCGCACACGACCACUCGACGCAUGGCCAAGUUGAUAUUGCCCUACCUGUUGGUGUUUGGCGUUGGUGGAGUUAUGGACAUCUGUCUCUACGCCGCCGACGUUCACGUCGAGGCAUCGACUGGAUAUCGCUCGUGGCCAGUCAACACCCUUCACCAGGUCACCCAAGUGUUGCAACUCGUGGCUGUGUUUGUCUUGUUUCAGCGCAAGGCUGGCUGGGUGCUGUGCUGGCGUCGACGACCGGCAGCUACUCCGGUCCAAGCUUCGGCGUCCGCGACACUCGAGUCGCCAUGCGCCGUUCCGAUGGAUAACACGACGCGAGCGACGGAGGACGACGGUCGCCUCAGCGGGGACGAUCUGAGCGUGUCAAACGUACUGCGCCAGUGCAUCAUGAAGUACACGUCCAUGGGCAUCAUCGAAUCGGCGCAAAGUGCUAAGUCGAAACCCACGACGGAGGUCCACUGGGAGGACUACACAAGCGUCGAGCACAAAUCGAUUGUCGUGCACGGCGAAAUCGACAGCAGCACGUUGAACUUUCGAGACUGUGCGCCCGCAGUGUUUGGGCACAUUCGAUCCAUGUUUGGCGUGACCGAGGCCGACUACAUUGACUCGUUUGCACUGCACCAAAACAUGAACGAGCACGGGUCCGAGGGCAAGAGCGGCAACCUCUUCUACUUUACAGUGAACAAACGGUUCAUGGUGAAAAGUGUGCCCGAAGACGAGUUUGAAGUGCUGCGGUCCAUCUUGCCGUACUACCACGGCUACUUGCAGUCGCAUCCCAAGUCGUACUUGUGUCGGUACUUUGGCUGCCACUCGAUCUCGCUGCCCGUGGGCACUCGCCGCAUGUACUUUGUCGUGAUGCAAAACCUGUUCAACGAAGGCCCCGUGGACCAACGCUUUGACCUCAAGGGCAACACCGACCGAAGACAAGCGAUCCAGUCCCACCACGUCGAGCAGUACAUUGUGCGGUCGCAGAACCGAGAGCCGAUUUCCAAGCUGAUGAUGGACAUUGACUUUCUCAAACUGCGCCAAGCCGUGCACAUCGACGACGCGGACGAGGCUGAGAUGCAGUCGCAGCUCAUCGAAGACAUCACGUUCCUAGCGUCACGCAGCAUCAUGGACUACAGCAUCCUCCUCGGUGUGAAAUUCCUUCCACCUCAAGAUCCCACUGCCACCAGCGCCACCAUGUCCAAGGGUCGAGACAGACUGUACUAUGUAGGCAUGAUCGACAUGCUGCAACAAUAUACGUGGAGAUGGACGUUGCAGCGGUGGUUUCUCGGAGUUGUGUGCUGCAAAGACAUGACCAACGUCAGUGCUGUACCGCCAAACGAGUAUGGCAACCGCCUCAUGCAUUUUGUGCGCAGAAGGUUCUUCUACACGCCGGGAAAGGCUCGCUGCAGCGGCUGGACUCACAUCGAGUCUCCAGCCCACUCGGAACUCCAACGACCGAGUGGACCAAGUGCUUGGACCACUGAGGAGGAUUUCCUGUCCCCGUCGGCGGCGGCAAUGUGGCGGAAUGCACAGUCGCCCUUCAACAUGCAAAUGGUGCCUCCCCAUCGGCAGUCGGGUGGCUUCUUUGUCGCGUCGUCGUAUUAAUCGUUAGUCUGUCGUGAAUCAUACUAAUAAAGUUGGUCGUUUC